UUAUGGAUCGAUGCCUCUGAUUCCACUUAGCUUCACAAUCGGCUAUCAUGAAUCUACAAGCCAUCAAUCGCUUAAUCACAGGCGAUCAUGAAGAUAAUGAUCCUGCGAAUAUCUCCAUGAAGACUACUCCUGGUUUGCGGGUUUUCAAGCCCAUCAUCCCUGAUAUGCCUAAACGAGACCCUAAAAUCUAUUUGGAUGAUGCUUGGACAAAGCUAAAACCAGCCAUUAGAACCAUCUUCCUCGAUGAGCCACAAGAUUAUCACUGCUCUGAGAUUUUCAACGCUGUUCAUAAAGCAUGGUGGUCAAAGUCAUCAGGAGAAGCCCUUUACAAGCUGAUCUUGGAGGAGUGUGAGAUAUACAUCUCUGCAGCUAUACAUUCUUUAGAAUUGCAUUGCGAUGAUGAUCCCUCUGUUUUCCUGCCACUCAUGGAGAAUUGUUGCCUAGAGUUUCGCCGCAAGUUGCAGGAUCUCUGUAGCAUUGCGUAUGAAGGUCAUACAGUUGGUCUAAAAUCAUUGUGGGACUUGGGUAUUGAGCUUUUCCCCAAGCAUCUCUGCUUAGCCUCUAAAGUUCGUGACAAGCUUCUUUCCAUCAACUUAGACCUCAUUAGAGAUCAAAGAUUUGGAUUACUGAGAUCACUCUUUUGCCUUUUCAUUGUUACCGCCAGAUUAGGCAAGGCUGUUGACACGACUCAGCUAAAGAAUCUUUGGUAUUUGUUGCAUGGGCCAUGGUUCUACAAGUCGCGCUUAAUAUUCAAGAAGCCUUUUGUUGACUGCGCUGUUGAGUUUUACUCAGCAGAAUCACUGCAGUUCAAGGAGCAGUCCGACAUUCCCCAGUAUUUGAAGCAUGUCGAGGAAAUAUUGCGUAAGGAGAAGGAAAAUUGCAGACACCUCUACUUUUAUUCAGGGUUCAAGAAAUCGUUGAUGGAAGCUGUUGAGAGAAUACUUCUGAGGGAUCAUGUUUCUGUCAUUCUUGAAAAGGGUUUUGUGAAGUUUAUGGAUGAGAGAAGCCAUGAUGACCUUAGUAGGAUGUAUCGUUUGUUCUCUAAGAUGGACUUACUGGGGCAGUUGAACGAUGCUUUGAACUCCUAUAUUUUGCAAACCGGGCAGAAGAUGUUAAAGGAAGACUCAUCAUUGGCGGAGUUGAAGAAAAAUAUUGACAAGAUUUGCCACACUUGUUUCUCAGAAGAUGCUUCGUUGGAGAAGACAGCCAAACAAUGUUUUAAGGAUCUUGGUUUGCCUUGGGAGGAAUCAGAAACAGAGUCUCUGCAGAUUAAACGGAUUCGAUUUGAUCGGCUAGGGCGUUUACAUUAUGGGCGAUUCUUAUGAUUGUUAUAAAAGACUUAAUUAUGU